AUGACAUAUUCAAUGACUCAAAUUCCUAUAGAGUUUGAAGAAUCAAAUCCUGCUCAAAUAAGUGAAUCUUAUCAUGCAUUAGUUGAUGAUCUCGGGACUUAUAAAUCAAAUUCUAUACUUGAUAGAUACAAUGACAAACAUUACAAGACAAUAUAUUCAUUAUAUCAUGAUAUAAGAUUAUCAGCUUAUAUCUUGCUUUUACAUCAAGAAAUUGGUAGUGAUUAUUAUAUUGAUGUUGAUAGAUUUUAUAAAUUUGCAACUGAAUUCUUAUUAAGAGAAAGUUAUAGAUUAAGUAUACAGAUACAGGAAUUAGAAGAAGCUAAAAAUCGUCAAUCUAAGGAAACUCCACCAUCAGAAUUUGAAACAGUAUUAUCUCAAGAUUUUAUUAAAAUUUCAACAUCUUAUUCAUUAGGAAAUGGUGAAUCAUUUUUUGUAAUGACUCAAAACAAUGUUCCAUUAUUUUCAUCAUUAAAUCAACGUUCUUCAUUAGAUGAACGUGAAAUUUUACCACCUGAAGCCUUUUCAACAACAAUUGUUGUACCACAAACAAUAUCAACACCUGCAACAAAUUUAGGAUUUUUAGCACCACAAGUUGGUCGUAUUCCUCCACCAACAUUACCACCAACAGAAAUCCUGAGUAGAUUUUUACAUCCAAAUUGGUAUUCACUGCCUACUGCUAAAUGGUUAGAUAAUAGUGAUUUACAAAGUUUUGCACCAGUUGUUGAUGAACAAAAUACAGUGGUUACUUCAGAAGAUAGAGGACGUUUAUGGCUUGAACAAAUUGGAUAUACAAAAUUAUUUGAUAAAUCUGUUUUUGAAUCUAAAAUUAAAGAUGAAUCAAAAGAUGAAUCAAAAGAAUCAAAUGAUAUUGAAGUUCCAGAUGCUUCAAAAGAUAUUAUUACACCACCAACUUCAAAAAGUCAAGAUGAUGAUGAAAAUCAUACUAUAAGUCUUGAUAAUUUAUAUGAAUGGGCACCAGGUAAUGAAAUUGAUGAUGAUGUGAUAGAAGCUUUUGAAAAAGGUGAAGAAUCAAAAUUAGUUGAUGAUUUAUUAAAUCAAUUGAAUCUUUUAAGAAAUAAUAGAUUAAUUUCAAAUAUUGAAUAUACUGAACCAACAGAACAAGAGAAAAAAUUAUAUUAUAAGACAAAUUUACUAUUGAGAGAAAUUGUUUUAAGUACAGGUAAAGUACCAGAUAUUAAACCAUCUCCAUUAUUACCUGUUUUACAAACAAAUUAUAGUGGUACAUUACCAGUUCCUACUCAAAAUUUGAAUUCUAAAAAGAAGAAUAAAUCAAGAAGAUAA